AUUUCAUGCGACCUCGUCGUGGAAGAAAGAAACAGCUUGUAGAGGAAAGUGAUAGUGAGGAUGAGGAGUGGAAGCCAAAGAGGGCCAAGAAAAAGUCAAGAGGAUCUUUUAGCGCACCUUUCAGGGCCCCUGCAGUCAAAUCAAACAAACCAGUUAUCACAAAGAAACAGCCCGAACCUAAACCACACACUGUAACAUCAGGGACUGUGUAUGAUGAUGACGGCAAUCCACUCAAUGAUGCUCAUCAUAUAGGGGGAGAGCGAAUCAUUGAUCUCCUUGAAUGGAAGGACUAUGCAGAUUCCACCCAACCACAAACCAAUCCAAUAGCAUCAUCAGGUGAUCAGGGGAAUCAGUCAGGUGAUCCAAACACUCGGUCAGAUGACCAGAAGACUGAGCAAACUUUGGCAGAAGUAGCUACAGGAGGCGACCAUUCUCCCAAGCAAUCCCGAUCAUUCUGUAUGAAAGUUGGUGGAAAGGCAAAAUCUCUGUCUGUUGAAUGA